AUGUUCCAGUACGAAGUGUGUACAACAAAAAAAUACUUAACUACUGGAUGGGACUCAUUUGAUCUGGAGACGAACCCUGAGGUGGAUGACAAUGAACAAGCAUUCCUUGCCGGAUACCUGGAGGGUGCAGAGACUCACGAAGCCAUCUACGACCACUACUUCAAUACCGUCAGGUCUACGUGUGACGACAAGACAGAACUGUGCCAGCGAAUCAACCACUAUUUGGAUACCAACAUUGAAUGGAUCAAGGGAAUGGUGGAGCAACAUGCUGCCAAUGACCCCUACUGGAAUCAGGUGAACUUAUUCUACCUCCAAAUGGCUGGAAUUGUUUUCGGUUACAACAGCGUUGCGCCUAGAGGCAAAAUAUUAACAGUCAGAGAUAUUAUGUAAGUAUAGAUC